AUGGGUGAGCUCCGUUCCUCUCGUCCUCUCGACUCCAUCUUGGUUUUCACCAUCUGCGUAUUGCUGCUUCGAUCGCGAGAAUCUGCCUUAUUUUGUGCUCGCUUGUCUUGCAGGUGCGUAUACUUAUGUCUCGGAGCUAUGGAGGAAGAAGCAGAGCGACGUUAUGCGGUUCCUGCUGAGGGUCCGCUGCUGGGAGUAUCGGCAGAUGCCUGCCAUCGUUAGGGUUACCCGCCCCACCCGCCCUGACAAGGCCCGCCGCCUCGGUUACAAGGCCAAGCAGGUGAGAAGGCUGUCUGGAUACAAUCUUGCCAGUUUACCCGCACUCUCUUCGUCUAAGUGAGAUUGGAAUGUUUCUCCAAUGUUGAUUCAGGAGGAUACUCCGCUCUAGAUUUUUUCCCCAUUGUGAGUACUAUUAUUCACUGAAUACUGAUUUUUCUGAUUUUCUGAUGUUGGAAAUUUUCUGAUGUUUUCUCCAAAAUUAACUAAGUACUUCACUGGGUUCUUACUUGUAGGGGAUUGCAAGGAUUUCUCGAUCUUCUUCUUGUGUGAAUUAUUUUUUCUCGAAUCUGGAAAUGGAGUGCUAUUCCUCUGCGUCAUUAAAUUUGGCUGUGAUCUUCGUUUCUGUCAGUUUAUUUGCUGCAAAUCUUUUGGACCCAGUUCUCAGUCUACAUCAGUUGGCUACACCAUUUCUAAUUUUUCAGUAUCUGUAGCCUAAUUUAUCGCGAUGAUUAUGACAUUGACCCAGUAGCAUGUUGCGAAAACCCAUUUGUUAUAUCGGCCACUGGUACUUCAUUUGAAUGCUCAGAAUCCCCUGACCUGUUCAUGAGAGGCUGCUUAAAUCCCUUGUGAAAAAAAAAACAUGUCUUUUGCUUCAACCCCGUCCCCGCAUUGAAAUUAUGAAGAAGCAGCAUCUAGAUCGAUGAACAAGGGGCCUGAUAAAUUCAUCCCCUCCCCCUUUCUCCCGCAGGGCUACGUCAUCUACCGCGUCCGUGUCCGCCGGGGCGGCCGGAAGAGGCCAGUCCCCAAGGGUAUCGUCUACGGCAAGCCCAAGCACCAGGGUAUCACCCAGCUCAAGUUCCAGAGGAACAAGCGCUCUGUCGCGGAGGAGCGAGCCGGGCGGAGGCUUGGCGGCCUCAAGGUCCUCAACUCCUACUGGAUCAACGAGGUAAGAUCAAGGAGAACGGGUUUUGAACUCUUCUUCCUCUUCUUCGACUUCAAUCGGUCUGUAAUCUGCUUCUGGAUGCUGUGGUAAAGGAUUCGACGUACAAGUACUUCGAGGUCAUCUUGGUGGACGCGGCGCACAACGCGAUCAGGAACGACCCGAGGAUCAACUGGAUCUGCAAGGGAGUCCACAAGCACAGGGAGCUGCGGGGGCUGACCUCCGCCGGGAAGAAGUACAGGGGCCUGCGCGGCAAGGGCCACCUCCACCACAAGGCCCGCCCCUCCCGGCGCGCCACCUGGAAGAGGAACCAGACCAAGUCCCUCCGCCGCUACCGCUGA